GUGAUCGGACACAGUAACUUCAGCUCCAUCAGAGCCUCCACCUGUGUUUAUAAAGGGAAAUGGGCCUACGAGGUUCUGAUCUCCUCACAGGGCCUGAUGCAGAUCGGCUGGUGUACACUUAACUGCCGCUUUAACCAGGAGGAGGGCGUGGGCGACACUCCUGAUUCGUACGCGUACGAUGGAAACAGAGUGAGGAAGUGGAACGUGACGACCACCAACUACGGAAAGUCGUGGGCGGCCGGAGACAUCGUCAGCUGUCUGAUCGACCUGGACGAGGGAACCAUCACCUUCUGCCUUAAUGGACAGUCUCUGGGAACCGCCUUCACCAACAUUAAGAUGGGUCCAGGUGUGGCUUAUUUUCCGGCCAUCAGCCUUUCCUUCAAAGAGUCGGUGGCUUUUAACUUCGGCAGCAGACCUCUGAGGUAUCCGGUGGAGGGAUACCUGCCCCUCCAGAACCCCCCCACUGCAGACCUGAUGAAAGCUCAGAAACUGCUGGGAUACAUUAAGAAUGUCCUGUCCACGUCCCUCGAUACACAGGAGGAGAAGCUGCAGGAGAAAGACAUGUCUAUGUGGAGACUUCAUGGAGAACCGACCAUCCUCGUCACGCUGGCUCACAUCUUCAACCACUUCGCUCCUCUCAUGUGUAAGGUUUACCUGGUCGAGGACGUGCUGAUGGACUUCCUGUUGGGGAUUCUGGAGGGAGGCGGUUCAGUAGAUGAGCAUCCUCUGAUCCAGCAGCUGCUCGACCUGUUCUGGCUCCUCAUGGAGGACUACGAGGUGAACGAGUGUCUGAAGCAGCUGAUGAUGUCACUGCUGAGAGCGUACCGCUUCUCCCCGAUCAUCCCCGACCUCGGCUUCCAGAUCCAUUACCUGCGUCUGACUACAGCCAUCCUGCAUCAUGAGAAGUCCAGAAAAUACCUGCUGAGCAACGUCUUGUUCGACGUUCUUCGCUCCGUGGUGUUUUUCUACGUGAAGACUCCUCUGAGGGUGAAGGAGGCGGGACUAGAGGAGCUGAUUCCCACCACAUGGUGGCCCACGCACUUCGACAAGGAGGGGAAGGACGAGCGGGAUCCGAAGGAAGAAAGUGCCGACGAGCGUCUGAGACGUCGAGCCUACGAGAGAGGCUGCCAGAGACUGAAGAAGAGGAUCGAAGUUGUUGAAGAGCUGCAGGUUCAGAUCCUGAGACUGUUGCUCAAUAACAAGGACAAAACUACGGGUGAAGCGUCUCGAUACAUUUUCCUGAAUAAGUUCAGGAAGUUUCUCCAAGAAAACGCCAGUAACAGAGGGCAUCCCACAGCGUUGUGUCCUCCUGAGUAUAUGGUUUGUUUCCUGCAUCGUCUCAUCACGGCCGUCAGAUCCUGCUGGGACGAAGGAAGCAGAAAGAGUCCUGGAAGCAUCAGCAGCGAAGACGGAUACGUUCCUCCGCAGCUCUUCUACAACGGGAAGGUGGAUUACUUUGACCUGCAGCGGUUGGGAGGGCUCCUGUCCCACCUGAAGAAGACACUCAAAG